ACUCUGCGCGCCGCCGCUCCGCGCUCGCCGGAGCGGUCCUCGCACCGUCCUGCGCUGCGGGUCAUACCCCUCCGCGAUUGAAAAAGAAAGGAAAAUCUGCUCCUGCCGCCGAUUUCCAUAGCCGACUGCCGUCGUUGUAGCAGAAGCUCUCUUCAAGAGGACUUGGCUCCGCUGCACCAAGCCAGAGUGCUGUCAGAAGAACAAAUGUGUCAUGGAAGUUGGGAAGCCUUUGAGUGCCUGCUGGCCAGACCGGUCUUGCAGAGGGAGCACAGCGUGGUCCCUGUCCCUGUCUGUCAGUACCUAAAGAGACUUUAUAAGCCAAAAGGAGAGAAACUUUCUACACGGUCUGAUGGUGAUUGGACAAGAGGGAAUGGCUUUGAACUAAAUGAGGGGAGAUUUGUUAGGUGUCAGAAGGAAUUUUUUACUCAGAGGGACGUGAGGCAUUGCUGGCAUGGGCUGCCCACAGAAGUUGUGGGUACCCCAUUCCCAGAGGUGCUCAGGGCCAGGUUGGAUGGGGCACUGUGCAGCCUCAUCUGGUGGGUGGCAGCUCUGCUCAUGGCAGAGGAUUGGGACUACGUGGGCUUUAAGGGCCCUGUCAACCCAAGCUGUUCCAUUCUUCUGUGAUUCACUUCACUCUUCCUUUCCCCCAGGAGUAAAAGCAGAGAGUCUGAUGACUUCUGGGUAGCACAGCCCAAGCAUGAGGGGCCAGGGAGCUGCAGGAGGGAGAUUACCAGGAGAGCAGAGGGAGGAAAGAUCCUGGAGGAGGCAGAGGGAGAGCCUGGCAUACCACAGUUGAAAUGUGUGCAGGAUAUAACUUACUUAUCCAAAUACUGAGCACACAACACAUCUCCUUAUGCUGUGCAGGAGUUGUGCCUGUUGUGUUCCAGAAAGGCUGACAGGGUACCCAGCUGACAAACAGCAGCCCAACCAGCCACACAGGUGACACUGGCCAUGUAUAUCUUGCCCCUUUUCCCUUCCCACCCUCAUCCCAUCACUGAGCUUGACAGCAGCCCUUUGGAGCAGGACCCACCUCUUGCACACACUGCACCACAUAGCUCUGACUCCUCUCUGAGCUACCAGGCUCCUCCUAAGAAAAAAACUAACAAAAGUCACUGCAAUGACAUGAGCAGCCCAUGAACUAAACUGAGCAGCUGGGGAUGGAUCAGAAGCCUGUUACAGUUUACAGAAGGGUUUGAUUUGAUCCUGUGAUGACUUGGUCUGGUCCAUCAUUUUAAAACACAGUUAUACCGAGGGCUUUCGUGCUCCCUCAUCUUGCAGACCUCUAAAUUGCUCUCAUUAAGGCACAACUUCUCUGUAAUUCAUUUCAGCCUCCAGGCAGGAGACUUGCUUCCCUCGGUUACCACCCAUCCCAUCCUAUCCUUAAAAGCGGUGCACAGACCUCAGCAGUCUUCAACUCAGACUGAAAGGACAGAAGAUGGUCCAGAGGGCAGCGAGGUGGCGAUCAUAUGCUGCCAGCCCCGCGCCUGAAUCAGCAAAAUCUCGCACCAGUUUCAUCUCCUGGCUGACAGCUGGGAAACUCACUAUUGGUUCUUGUCCUGCUACGCCGCCUCGAGGCAACGAGAGCCUCUUGCAAGAUCUCUCUUGCAAUCUGCGUUAAACAGCCGGAGAAGGAGACGCCAGCGUAAACCACGGCAGGGGCAUGUCGUCCUGUGCUCGUUCUGGAGGGAGCUCGGCCGAAAAACAAAUGGUUGCUCAGAAAGCAGAGCUAAUAGACAAGAAUUCCUAACAUUGGUGACUGAAGUGGUCUUUGUCCAUGCAGAGAACAGAGCCUUUCCUACAGUCACCCUUGAGAUACUCAAAAGCAGCUCUCAGUUCUCUCCUGGAGCCUUCACUGCCUGUCCUCAGAGGAAAGGUGUUCCAUCCUUGGAUCAUUUCUGCGGCCCUCCUCUGGACGCUCUCCAAUAGGUCCGUGUCUCUCCAGGGCUGAGGACUCCACACCAGGAUGCAGUAUCCCAGCUACCCGAGCAUAGGCGACCCUACCACCCCCGCAUCGCCAGGUGGCGCUCUUCAGUUGCGUUGCCGCUCUGCCCUCUGCUCUCGCCCCACUUCCGCCAGGCCCCGGAAGCGGCGGUUGGACGGCGCGAUGGCAUCGGAAGGUAUGGCGCCGGCAGAGCUGCAAGCGGAGGGUGGUACUGCCGUCGAGCCGGAGAGCGGCUUUGGGCAGCUGCUGGAGGAAGAAGAGGAGGAUGGAGGAUACGUGCUGUACAGGGACAGGAAAGAAUGGGCAGACAUUGAACCCGUUCCUCAGAAUGAUGGUCCAAAUCCUGUGGUUCAGAUAAUCUAUAGUGAAAAAUUUCGUGAUGUCUAUGAUUACUUCCGGGCUGUUCUACAGAAGGAUGAGAGAAGCGAAAGAGCUUUUAAGCUAACAGCAGAUGCCAUUGAAUUAAAUGCUGCAAACUAUACUGUUUGGCACUUCCGGAGGGUCCUCCUGCAGUCCUUGGGAAAAGAUCUCUAUGAGGAGCUUAAAUAUAUUACAGCAAUCAUUGAAGAUCAGCCGAAGAACUACCAAGUCUGGCAUCACAGACGAGUGUUGGUGGAGUGGCUGCAGGAUCCAUCCCAAGAGCUUGAGUUCAUAGCUGAUAUUCUUAACCAGGAUGCCAAAAAUUACCAUGCUUGGCAACACAGACAGUGGGUUAUUCAGGAGUUCAAGUUAUGGGACGAUGAACUGGAAUAUGUAGACCAGCUUCUAAGGGAGGAUGUGAGAAACAACUCUGUUUGGAACCAAAGAUAUUUUGUAAUUUUCAACACCACCGGCUAUGAUGAUCCAGCAGUUCUAGACAGAGAAGUCCAAUACACUCUUGAAAUGAUCACAGCUGUACCGCAUAAUGAGAGUGCUUGGAACUAUUUAAAAGGGAUUCUGCAAGAUCGUGGUCUUUCUAAGUAUCCAAAUCUGCUAGAGCAACUGUUGAGUUUACAGCCCAGCCACAGUUCACCCUAUCUGAUUGCCUUUCUUGUGGACAUAUAUGAAGAUAUGCUUGAAAACCAGUGUGAAAACAAGGAAGAAACAUUAAACAAGGCAUUAGAGCUGUGUGAAAUCCUGGCUAAAGAAAAAGACACUAUCCGAAAGGAAUACUGGAGAUACAUCGGGAGAUCCCUUAAGAACAAGCACAGCUCCAACACUGAACAGAGCACAGUGACAGACAAGCAGCAAUAACUGAACUUGGAAGAAAUAAUGUUAAGCUUUCAAGCUGUUGUAGAAGAGUACUCAGUAGGGGACAUCAACUUGUAAAAUUCAUCAUAGUAUUCCCCUGCUGAAAGAGGUAUUGGUGCAAUAAAAGAGGAGGGCAGAGUGCCGCAUAGUUUCUUGAGUUGCCUCUACUACUGGUGAUAUAUCUAGAUGUGGAAAAAAUUAAUUAAAGCUUAAUAAUUUAAAUGUACCAACUAGAGGAUUUAUUUCAUAACAACAAAUACAUAAAGCUGUAUUGCUAUUUAUAAAGCACUAAAGCAAUUUCUCGUACCUACUUCUAUCUACAUGUUGUUUCUAACAGUCAUGUGAGAUGCUGCAGUAAUCACUGCAAUUAAUGCUACGCAUAGGGGAUAUAAAGUAACCUACUUCAGAUUAGUGCAAGUAGGUGCUGCAGCUGUUUCUUUAUGUGAGAGCAGCUAUGCAACACAAGCAGUAUGCACUGUUGUAUACAAUUAAUGCCAACUGUCAUUUUGUAAUAAAAACAGUUAAAGUAUUUGUCUGAAA